AAGCUUUGAGAUAUGAAACUGAAAGAAUCCAAUUCUUCAUGCUUCUGAAUCACUUCACAAACAUUUCUGUAAAAGAAAACCCCAAAACCCUAAUCCCAAAAAUUAAAUCAGAAAAAUAUGGAACUAUCAUCCAUAUCAAUGAUUUCAACUUCCAACCUCUCCAUGCCAAAUCCAACUGUUCAUUUUCGCCGCACCAUAAGCGUUUUAAUCCGAACCAGAACCCGAAUUGUUUCUUCAUUACUCACCCCCACUACCCUUACCAAGAAAAGUAGAGAGGCCGGCACCGGACCCACAAUGCCAACCAUGGCUGAGAUACUGGACUCAUCAAAAUCCCAGAAGCUGGACCUGCAGCUCCAAACUGUGGGACCCUUUUUCAGAAUCACGGCCAGAAGCUUGGGGACGAAGAAAGAGCUCGGAAAGGCCGAGGGGUUCAUAAGGGUCUGGCUGAAAGGGAGGAUCCUUCACUUGGAGUCCAUCAGACUCAAGAGAGAGACUCUGGGGAUGGAGAAGUCGAUAUUUGGGAUCGGUUUGUUUCUUGGAGCUGUUGCCGUUCGGUAUGGAUACGAUUGCGGUUGCGGAACGGCUGAGCUGCUGGCUAUCAAUGACUCCGAUAUUUACCACCACAAGCUUGUGCGGUUCUAUUCAAGAAUCGGAUUCAAGGCUGUACAUGAAGUAACUGGUUCGACAUUUGGAGACUUCGCCCAUAUGCUGGUCUGGGGAGGAAUCGGGACCCGAACGGAUGCCAGUGUUGAAGCGCUACUGAUCAAAUGGUGCACCAGGUUCAAAUCUCCAAAGUGACCAUUGGACCGCACAACCUGUUGUUACUAAUACAUUUGCAGACUGCUGAAUGUGAUGGCUGUAAUACUGAAAUAGAAAUGUUCUCCAUACACAUCGAUUUUAUUGAACAUCCCUCUGCGUUCAAGUCUGCUCUCAAGCGGAAGAUUUUCAUGCUUUUGCUGAACAUCCCUCUGCGUUCAAGUCUGCUCUCAAGCGACGGAGAACUUCUAUGGCGCAGGUUAAACUGGAUAGAGCGAAAAACAAAAAGUGGAUGCUGCUCCAUAAACUACUGAGUAGACGGGAACAAGAAGUUCCAAGCCAUUAGAUAAAAUCAGUGGGAGAUGCAAUACUAGUUUGGAGUUGAUUUGUAAGUGUGUCAAGAUUUAUUUUUUGGGAAUUCCCAGCCAGUGUGCAACUAGAUCAUAUAAGUAAAAUCCUUCGGUUGUCGCUGAAAUGAUUUCGAAUUUCAGAUGCAGAUUGCUUUGAAA